AAAAAGGCAGAUAUGUUAUCUGAAGAAAUUAGAGAGCAGUUAAGAAGAGAAGAAGAGCAAUGUAGUAAAGAAACUGAAUUGAAACAGCAACUUGAACUCACUGUCGAAGGACUACAAGGGGAAUUGAAGGCUGUGAGAGACAGGCUGAACCAGGUUUCUGAUAGUCACGAAAAAGCAACAAAUCUGUCGCAUGAAAAUCUCAUGAUGCAGGAUGAAAUUGCCACGUUAAAACGAGAAAUAGACACAAUAAAAAAUGAGAACCAGGAAAAGGAAAAGAAAUAUUUAGAUAACAUUGAAAUUGUAAAACAAAAGAAUGAUGAACUUCAAAAGGCAAUAAAACUUAAUGAGGAAAAAUUGACACAGACAUACAGUGGACAGCUUCAUGAUCUGACAGCUGAGAAUACAAGGCUGAAGUCUAAACUGAAGAAGGAAGAACAAAAGAAAGAAAGCCUGGAAACAGAUGUUGCAUUAUAUUGUUCCAAGCUGACUACUGUCAUGCAUGACCAUCAGCAAAGUCAGACAUCAAAAAGAGACCUGGAACUCACCUUUCAGAGAGCAAGAGAUGAGUGGCUAUGUUUACAGGACAAAAUGAAUUUGGAGAUGUCUAACCUGAAAGAUCAUAAUGAGCUACUUUUGCAGCAACAGAGUGACACUGAAAGUAAAUUCAACAGCAUAGACAUUGAGCUGCAUCACACAAGAGAUGCUCUCAGAGAAAAGUCUUUGGUAUUAGAACAGGUACAGAGAGAACUGAGCCAAGCACAGUGUCAGAAGAAGGAAAGUGAAGACCUGUGUCGACGUGAACAAGGCAAAGUGAAGGAAUACAUGGGCAAGCAGGAGCGCUUGGAGGAGAGAUUAGCCCAACUAGAGAGUGAAAACCUGUUUCUGCGACAACAGCUGGAUGACGCGCAAAACAAAAUCGAGAGCAAAGAGAAGAUGGUAAUGGAUAGCCAAGAACGGUUUCAGGAUAUCCUGAAGACCUUUCAAGACCAAAAGGAAAAGGAAACUCUGAUGCUGCAGGAAAGCCUUAAGAAGUCAACCAAUGAGCUUCAUCUUCUCAAGGAGAGGCUGUCUCGGGCUGAAAAUGUGAAAACACAGAGAGCCGUAAGUAUCCAGAAAGAGAAGGGAUUCUCAGACUUGCUGAAGGGAAGUUCAGAGUAA